UGGAGAGUUUGUGUUACACCAAGACUCUGGGCAAGAAAAAAAGAAGUGGAGCUGAUGCUACAUUAGGACUGGAUCUGUUGCCACCCUUGCAUUCAGGAUGUCUGUGGCUCAGCCCUCUCUGCCACAUGGUAACCGAAUGGAUUACCUAGCUCGUCCCAAGACAGACUUUUUGAGACACCAGAAUAGGCCUUCUGUGUACUGGCCAAUGAAGCCACAGUUAAUGACAGUGUGCGGAUUAAGUAAAAGGCAAGAGGAGCUUGCACAUCCUAAAUCAGUACACAACAACUAUAAGCAGGACAGACCUUCUCCUAUUUGGCCGAUCAAAGCCAGCUCACUAACUGCUGUUCCUUCACCUCGUAUCAAGCAGUUGGCACAAGCAAAAGGUGUUAGUGUGGAGUGGCAGGAGGAUCGGUCUGUAUACAGCAUAGUUUCUGAGGGAGCAAAGAGAGCUUCUGCAACCCACCGCAUCAUCCAGUUGUCCAUGCCAAGACAGAGUAGUACUGAAGCCCCUCCAAGAACCCCUAAUAUUCACCAGUUGAAGAGAGAAGGGUCUGCCACAUCUGAAAAACGUAUGGCACCCACAGCUAGAACAGAGGCAUUAGCAGUGCCCAAGACAGAACAUCACCAGUUCCAACAUGAUUUACCCAUUGAGAGGAAGGUUCCUGCAUCUGCUCUUCAUGCCCAGGCUUCAGAUCGUAUCUGUCAGCUUGCAAAACCUAGGAUUCGGAAAGCUAUUUUUGAAGGGUACGAUCCAUACAAGAUUUCACCUGCUGCAAAAAAUGCAGAUGCCUCUCCUCGCGUAUUGGAGUUAAGCACACCCCCAUCUCGUCGACAUCAGCCCAAGAAGAUCUAAAAUUGAUUUCCUCUUUUUUAGAUAAGAGCAGCAAUGUUUAAAAAUAUAAAACUUCAUAAGUCAGCACUAUUAAUCCUUACUGUCAUUUGGAAAAAUAUGUUUGAUCCAAUUCUAAGAAUAGAUCAAUAGAUCGUAAACAUUUAUCUUGACAGACAGCCAAAAGAAUUAUGUAAAAUCAAAUAAAAAGUAAAAAUAUAAAGGUGAAUUUUGUUGCAUAAUCAUGUUACUACCAUUAAUUAAUUUUUGCAAUAGAGCAUACAGUGUCCUCCACUAAUAUU